AUGCCCGGGGCUGGGGCUGGGGCUGGGGCCGGGGCCGCGGCUGCGGAGGAGAGCGGGGGUCCCGAGGCGGCGCGGGAGCCGGCGCGGCUCUGCGGCUACCUGCAGAAGCUGUCGGGCAAGGGCCCCCUGCGCGGCUACCGCAGCCGCUGGUUCGUGUUCGACCCGCGCCGUUGCUACCUCUACUACUUCAAGAGCCCGCAGGACGCGCUGCCCCUCGGCCACCUGGACAUCGCCGACGCCUGCUUCAGCUACCAGGGGCCCGACGAGCUGCCCGCCACCGGGGCCGCCGCCUCGGGGCCCGCCUCGUCCGGGGGCGCCGACGAGCCGCCCGCCGCGCUCUUCCAGGUGCACAGCGGAGGAGGCGUCACGGUGCUCAAGGCUCCUAACCGUCAGCUCAUGACAUACUGGUUACAAGAGCUACAGCAGAAGAGAUGGGAAUAUUGCAACAGCCUCGACACUGUGAAGCGGGACAGCAGGACCUUCCCAAAUCCUGGUGACUUUUCCAAAGGUCUUGUUGCCAAAGAUAACACAGAUGUAAUUCUCCUACAUCCAAAUGCCUCUGCAGAGAAAGCCAGGAACGUCCUUUCUGUGGAGGCUACCCCUGGAGAGCUGGUUGGAGAACAGGCUGCCAGCCAGCCUGCCCCGGCUCAACCAAGUUCCAGUAACUUUUCCCUAAAGCAGUGGGGCACGGAUAUCAAAAAUUCGAUGUCUUCAUUUCGACCUGGGAGAGGAAAUAAUGACAGCCGGAAGAGUGUGUUUUAUACCAAUGAAGAGUGGGAACUUAUAGACCCCAAUCCGAAGGAUUUAGAGGAGUCGGUGGUUCAUGAACAAGGGAAGAAGCAAACCUCUGAGGGAAACAAAGGAGUAACUGGCUCAGCAUUCCUCUUUGAUUUUGGCCGUAUUCCCUAUAAAGGAAAGCGACCUUUGAGAGAGAUGAUUGGGUCAUACAAGAACCGACAUAGCAGUGGUGAUGCUCCGGUUGAAUGGACUUCAGGCAAUGGCAAUAAAGCAGCUUCUGAAAUGCACCUGAAGCUUCAAAACCAGCAGGAAGAACUAGAACGACUGAAGAAGGAGCUCUCCAGCCAGAAGGAGCUUGUACGACUUUUGCAGCAGACGGUCAGGUCAUCCCAGUAUGAUAAGUACUUCACUAGCAGCCAUCUUUGUGAUGGAGUCCCAAAAGAGAAGUUGGAGCUUCUGCACCAAAAGGAUGAUCAGAUCUUAGGCCUCAGCAGCCAGCUGGAAAAGUUCAAUCUGGAAAAAGACAGUCUCCAACAGGAAGUGAAGAACUUGAAGUGCAAAGUUGGCGAGCUCAAUGAACAGCUGGGCAUGUUAGUGGAGACCAUCCAAGCCAAAGAUGAGGUGAUCAUUAAACUCUCCAGACAGCUCAGCGAAUGUGAAGGGAACGCGUCUUCCCAAGCACUCGGCACAUCCAUGUCGUCUUCUGUUCACAAAGACCUCCAGGAGCUCGACAGACUCAAAGACAGUCUCCAAGGGUACAAGACACAGAAUAAAUUUCUAAAUAAAGAGAUUUUGGAACUCUCAACUCUUCGAAGAAAUGCAGAAAGACGAGAGAAGGAUUUAAUGGUUAAGUAUUCUAGCCUGGAAGCCAAACUGUGUCAAAUAGAAAGCAAGUAUUUGAUUUUGCUUCAAGAAAUGAAGAAUCCUGUGUGCUCAGAAGAGCAGGGGCCUGCCCGGGAUGUCAUAGCCCGGCUCCUGGAAGAUGCUUUGCAGGUGGAAGCCCCAGAGCAGCCGGAACAAGCUUUUGUCAAACCACAUCUUGUCAGUGAGUAUGACAUUUAUGGGUUUCGGACGGUCCCUGAGGACGAUGAAGAAGAGAAAUUGGUAGCUAAAGUGCGGGCGCUGGAUCUGAAGACUCUGGCUCUCACAGAAAAUCAGGAGAUCUCCACUGGGGUCAAAUGGGAAAAUUAUUUUGCCAGCACCAUGAACCGUGAGAUGAUCUGCUCUCCCGAGCUGAAAAACCUUAUCCGCACUGGGAUUCCCCAUGAGCAUCGUUCCAAGAUAUGGAAGUGGUGUGUUGACCUCCACACGAAGAAGUUCAAGGAUCGCGCUGAGCCCAGCUACUUCCAGACCCUGCUCCAGAAUGCUCUUGAGAAGCAGAACCCGGCCUCGAAGCAGAUCGAGCUGGACCUCUUAAGAACACUGCCAAAUAACAAACAUUACUCUUGUCCCACUUCGGAAGGCAUUCAGAAGUUGCGGAAUGUCCUGUUGGCCUUUUCAUGGAGAAACCCCGAUAUAGGAUACUGCCAAGGUUUAAACAGGUUGGCUGCAGUUGCUCUCCUCUAUUUGGACCAAGAAGAUGCCUUCUGGUGUCUUGUUACCAUCGUGGAAGUUUUCAUGCCCCGAGAUUAUUACACAAAGACUCUCCUAGGAUCACAGGUUGACCAGCGAGUUUUCAAGGAUCUCAUGAGUGAGAAGCUGCCUCGGUUACAUUCCCACUUUGAACAGUACAAAGUUGACUAUACACUCAUCACAUUCAACUGGUUCCUGGUGAUAUUUGUGGACAGUGUUGUUAGUGACAUCCUCUUUAAAAUUUGGGACUCUUUCCUUUAUGAAGGACCAAAGGUCAUUUUCCGCUUUGCUCUGGCACUUUUUAAAUACAAAGAAGAAGCAAUCCUGAAGUUACAUGAUCCAAUGGCCAUAUUCAAGUGUCUGCGGCAUUUCACUCGCACUGUUCUCGAUGCUAGGAAGCUGAUCAGUAUUGCUUUUAAUGACCUGAACCCUUUUCCUCUGCGGCCAAUCCGGAAUCGGAGGAGCUACCACCUGGAGAAGGUGCGCCUUGAGCUCACGGAGCUGGAGGCCAUCCGGGAGGACUUCAUGAGGGAGCGAGACACCGACCCUGACAAGCGCGACCUCAUCAGCGAUGAUGAUGAGGACAGCUGAGCGGAGCCCUGCCCUCCCAGGGCAUCCUGACCAAAGCGAGGUGAGCAGGCUGAGCUCAGGCCAGUCUGUUCUUUAAAACAGAGAAUGUACACGUCAGCGUUUGGAAGUCUGCUGGACACAUUUCCAAACAUGACGGCCUUUUUUAAUGCCUGAGUUAGAAUCCCAUUCACUUGUUUACAGCCGUUUUUCACACAGUCCUGUGUCAGUUGUGUGUGAAGUUAGGAAACUUUUGUCGGCAGGCUCGGCAGCAUCUGCAGGCCCAGAACCAUUGUUCCCUCCUCAGACCUGAUCUUGCUUGACUCUUCAGGCCCUUGCAAUGCCCUAGCUUGUAGAGAGUCGUUCUGUAGCCGGAGCAGUCUCCACAUGGAGCGUCUCUGGGGGAUGGACGCCCGACCUUCCUGACCAGGGUUGUCUGGCAUCUGCUGCAUGGGGGACAAGCAGCAGAAGGUGCUCUCGAAAGAGGGUGUCCCUCCCUUUCUAAAAUGUUGUCAGUGAAAUGCUUUUCUAUACACUUGUGUAAAGCUGCAGUGAAAAUGCCCUAUGAAAUCCUCUAUUUGCAUUUCUCCUUGCUCUUCCAUGGGCAUCUUCCCAAACAAGAAUUCAAAAGCAACUUUAGGGCUUUGAAACUCUCCACAUACAUAGCCCCUCCAUAAUUCUCCUCAGUAGUAUUUGCCAAUCAUGUUUAUAGUAGGUACAGAGAGUAAUAGGGCUGUCAUCUUCAGUGGCAUUCAGCUUGUUAAGAUGCAUUGAUUGGUGGCAAAUCUAUAUGCUGUGGAGCCAACAGCCAUGGCAGUCUUGGAGCGAUUUGGGGGGAGGGGACUUUAUGGUAAAUACCUGGGCAAGACUCUUUGAUUAGUGUAAGAUUUGACUUCCCAACAAGGGAACAAAACCAUAUCACACAAACAAACACAGCUUGGGCAUUGACCAAGGAUGGGUCAGGGGUAGCCACAUUUCCUCAGUGGCUGGGAAGGCUAAGCGUCUCCCACCUUCAGUUUUUCUCAGAAGUUUCUGUCCCAAAAGAGCAAACUGAUUUGGCUCCAGGUGCAUUUCCUUGCAUUCUCUAAUUCAAGCGCCACUUCCUGAGGAGUUUUACCAUCCAAGGUUUCUACCCCUGCCUUGGCUCUCCGUGUUGUCGGGGUGAAUGGCCCCAUUGGUCCAUGGUUAGUCUUAGAGCAUUUCCUUUGUGAGAAGCUGGAGAAAGAUAUCAAGUCUCUCCUAGAGAGCCACAUUUUCCUUAAUGUUAGCAAUCGUCUUUGGUCACUUGUCAGCCUGUGGCUGGCUGUUUACAGGGGCUUCCUCUCAGCUGUUAGUGUGCCCUGGGAUGCUACUUGAUAAUAAAGUGGCUGCCAUCUGUUCUAAUCAAAUCAGAAUGUGGGAGGGCCUUUGUUCUGGGAGAUUUCCUUUAGUUUAUAGUAAUAAAUAUAUGUCCAUUUUGGGUUUAGACAGACUUUAGUUGGAGGAAGUUGUUUUGUGCUUAAUACCAUGGUUCCACUCUAACUCAUAGAUAUUGUAAGGAACAUUUUUAAAAACUGAGGUUUGAAAUUACAUUUUUUCCAACAUCCCUAUCUUGACUGAAGACUUCUGGAAAUAAUGACAUAUGUUCUGUGGACACUAACUUUCAAAUUUUUGUUCAGUGAUUUCUAGAAAUUCUGUUUUAUGAUCAAGUUUAUUUUUUUAAAAAAAUUUUAUAUUUCCACCCAUUUUUUUAGUUGUCCAACAAACUGAGGCUCAGUUUAAUCUUUCUGAUGUUAGAAUUUGGAGUAUUCUUUUGAGGAGGCCAGGCUCUACAGUGAGCUGCACCUUUAAUACAGUAGUCUUAUUUUCUAUUCAGAUAAUAAUUUCAUGUGAAAUUCCUUCUAAAACUCAUCCCUGGCUGGGGUGGGGAAAGAUGGCUGUAAGUGGAGUUAGCAGAGCACACACUUCUUCAGAACUUGGUGGACAAUUGAGCCUUGCAGUUACGAGCCAAUCUGGGACAACUUCCCCAGCUACUGCUGCACACUGAGCAGCUCUGCCGUCUGCCCUGUGAAGUGAUGGUUCUUAACUUGGCAAACUCCAGGGUGGAGAUUUCCUCAUCUCUGGCAGAUCUACUGGGGUUAACUUGUUGCUAGAUUCUGUUUUUAGAAACAGAUCUUGCAACUGCUGUUUGAAAGUGGUUCAAGAAAGUUUCUAGAGAGAACUGCCACAUGUGGGCUGAAUUUGUAAACUCAGCCCUUUCUUAAUGGGGCGGAUGGUGUUUGAUCAGCUGAUUCCCUAGUAGAUACUGUGGUGAUCUUUUGGAGCAGAGGGCCUGUUCCUUGGAAGGAAUUCACGGGACCAAUAGAUCUCUGCAGGGCUGUCUGUAUUGGAAUUUCUUAGGAACAUGGGAGGCAAUUACAUUUCUUACUCUGGCAAUUCUGGGAUCCAUCCCCAUCACCACUCCCUAUUCCCCACUGCUCUGGAACCACAGCAGAAGAGAAUGUGGAAGAACAAGUUCACUGAUAUCCCAGCAGAGAGCAGGGGUGGGGGCAGGGAAAGAAAGGCUUAUCCCUUACUCCAACAUUCACUUCUUCUACCAAAGAGCCGGCAGGAGGGAGCUUAAACUUCCUCAAAAUUCAUCUUAGAGUCUCUAGAGGUUCAUGCUGUUCACCUUAUAGUGGAAUGGGAUGCACUGUUGUCCUCCUGUGGUGAGAACCCAUGGGGGAAAUGGGCUGCCAGAUGAUGAGUUUCUAGAGACCAAGACUGGAUAAUUAGUGAAGGACCCCAGAGGUCAUGCAGAGCAGCUUACUUCUGGGUCUCCCAUUUCAGCUGGAAGAAUGGCAGUCAUCCUGGCCUGUUCUAAGCCAGCGCUUUGGAAAUGCCAAUGUUCAAGAUGAAAAUGAUAAAUUCUCGUGUUUUCAUGCAAUGAAUAAGUACGUUUUGUAUAUUUUCACUACAGUUUAUAUUUUUAUAGGCAAUUUUAUUGAGGUUUUCUAGAUAAUGUACAUUUUAUUUUACAUGGUAAAUGCAUGAUUCCCCUUAUGUGUAUUUAUGUAAGCACAAACCACUGAGUUACUGUUCUCCUCUGUCCUCGGUCAGCAUUCACUUUAUGCAUGAACUUUAUAGGCCCAGCUGUCCCUCUGGUUACUCAUGCUGGAAUAUUAGAGUAAUGCCAGAGGGAGGAAGAGCCACACUGCCUGAGGUGGGCUGCUAGUAAUUCGGGUUUCACCUAUACUGUGUACGGGAAUAUCAAAUAUUAUAGACAAGUAUUCCUACUUUGUUUUCUUUGACGAAUGGUUUAUCAUAUUGCAUAAACUGUCCCUCCCCACUUUGGAGCUGGGGCCGGAGAAAAUUGCAGUAUUUUUCAUUAUGUAUACAGGGGUGGAUCUGGCAGGUCGAGCUUGACCAGGCCCCUGGACAGCAGGGGAAUGGUGAGAAAGCCUCAGGGGGCCAUUUUGACAUGGGCAUGUGAUGUUCCUGUGUUGCUGGAAUUUGUGAUGUAAGAAUGCAGACUGGCCCUCCCCCAGCCCUGGAGCUGGCUAAAGAUGUCUGAAGCGACCUGCCUUAAAGGAAGGCUCUCGUUUUCUUAAGUAGCCAACUGGCUUAUGUGUUACUUGGAGCUUCAAGUGAAGUUUUAGAAUUGUAAUAUUAAAGGAAAAAAUAAAAUGUUGAUUUUGUGUA